UGCGUUAGGGCGAGGCCGCGAGGAGGAGACGGGGUGGUGGUGGCGGAGGAGUUGGGGUGGUUGUUUCCUUCACGCCGAAGGUUAGAUCAAUUAAUGGAUUUCGAGAUAUGAUUUUAGUGAUUGUUGGAGCAACUGCGGUUGAUCGAUGACGUAGAGAACUAGUGAGCCUUCAUUAGAUGACCUUGUCAUAUAGUUGCGAAAUGAACAUGAAAAAAAGUAUGGUGUUUAAAGUUGGUGAGAUGAAUGGGAUGGUUGUGGUCCCAAGUUGCAAUGGAGAAUGUGCUAUGCAUGCUUGGGGAGACUUCUCCAAAUUUGGUUUGUUUUAUCUUUUAUGAAGGAAAGUUUGGUGGUUCUUUUUGGACUUAUGGAGGUGGCUUGGAUGCAUGGUUUUAUUGUGAACAGGGAGGAAUUGUUUUGGUGGUGGUGGUGGUGGUUGUGGUGGUAAUUGGUGUUGGUUAUUCUGCAAACUGCAAUAGAAUUGAAUUUGAAGAAAGUCUGAAGAUGAGUGAAAACAGUCGUAGCCCGCCUCCAGAUCGCAGAAUUCGCAGAGAACGUACCUCGUAUCGUGAUGCACCAUAUCGCAGGGAUUUCCGUCGUAGUGCAAGAAAUGAUUUGUGCAACAACUGCAAGCGGCCUGGACACUUUGCAAGAGAAUGUCAAAAUGCAGCUGUCUGUAAUAAUUGUGGCCUUCCCGGACAUAUUGCAUCAGAAUGCACUGUGGAGGCAAUAUGCUGGAAUUGCAAAGAACCUGGACACAUGGCAAGCAAUUGUCCUAAUGAGGGCAUCUGCCACACCUGUGGCAAGGCUGGCCAUCUUGCAAGAGAAUGCUCAUCUCCUCAACUCCUUCCUGGUGACAUGAGGCUCUGUAACAACUGUUACAAACCAGGACAUAUUGCUAUAGACUGCACAAAUGAGAAAGCAUGCAACAAUUGUAGGAAGACUGGGCACUUUGCUCGUGACUGUCAAAAUGAACCAGUCUGCAACCUUUGCAAUGUUGCUGGGCAUGUGGCCAGACAGUGUCCAAAGUCGGAAAUAUUCAGUGAAAGGAGUGAAAGGGGUGGCGGCGACUAUCAUGGUGGAUUCCGAGAUGUCAUCUGCCGGAACUGCAACCAGGUUGGCCAUAAGAGUUGGGAUUGCAUGGGCCCUCUGAUGAUCUGCCACAACUGUGGUGGGAGGGGACACAUGGCUUACGAGUGCCCAUCAGGAAGGUUCAUGGACUAUGGAUUUCGGAGGUACUAAUUGAUAGAUCCUACAACCAAUAAGGCACUUAGAUGAGCUUUGGUACUGUAUUAUCAGUCGCUUGUUUUGCUCGACCAAGAUUAGUCGAUUGCAGAAUGUUUAUUUUAUAGACGGCUGAGUUUGGAAGACUAUGCAUUGUAGACUUUAUUUGUGACUCUGCUUGACAGUUGUUUGUGGCUGGUGGAAACCAUUUUUUCAUGUUAGGAUUUGUCGCCUGAUAAAAAAACAGCGUUGUUUUGGGUCCAAA